AUGACAUCCAAUUUUUUGCAGGAGGUUAUACAAGAGUUGGAUCGAUUAAAAAACUCACCCCAAGGAUGGAAAUUGUGUGGCGAUAGUCUGGUCAAAAGACUUUACCGUGAUGACUACAUGAAAUUUAUGUGUAUGCAAGUACUGGAGCAUUACUUAAAAAACAACUACUCUUCUGCAUCUUACUCUGACCAACAAGUCUUAAAGGAAUAUUUAAUUAGUUGGCUUAGACAGUACUGUUAUGAGCCCAUUGAUGCCAAUUAUUUAAGAAAUAAGAUGGCGCAGAUCUUCAGCUUGGCCUUCGUCGGCGACUAUCCUGAUCGGUGGCCAUCAUUUUUUGACGAUCUGCUGGGUUUUAUGUCAACUGGAAUAAAUGCGGUGGACUUUUAUUUGAGGACUUUAUUAGCAAUCGAUAGCGAAGUUGUCGAUCGUGACAUCCCUCACACACCAGAGGAACUCGUACGGAACACUGCCAUAAAAGAUGCGAUGCGUAUUCGAUGUAUUUCAGACUUAGUAGAAUCUUGGUAUCAGAUAUUGCAAACAUACGAUAGCUCUCAACAUGAAUUAACUUGUCUUUGUUUACAAGUAAUCGGAGCUUAUGUAUCAUGGAUUGAUAUUAAUGCUGUUGCUAACGACCGUUUCAUAAGGCAUGAUAUAACUUCUUGUUCUGUCGACACAUUAAGAGAAAGUGCUUGUGAUUGUAUUUUCGAAAUUAUGAACAAAGUAGGUAUGGAUGCUGGAGAGAAAAUUAAAUUAGUUGAAUCGUUAGUAAAUGUUUUGGACAGUUGUGGUAUUUUUGCGUCAUUGGGGGAUAUCGAUGCUGACUAUGCUGCUAAGUUAGGAAAGUUGGUCAAUGGUAUUGGGACGUCGCUCAUUUCUAGCUGGACAAAGUUGAUGCGAUCAGGAGACGUUGUAGCUGCUGAUCAAACCCUCGAAAUGAUUGAUGUCAAAAUUACUUUAUUACUUCGGUUUAUGACCAAUGAAGACGACGACGUUUCACAGGCUGUUAUUGGUUUCGCUCAAAGUUAUGUCCUUCUUCUUAAACAAUUAUCUCCGAAUGAAUUGCAGCGACGAGAAGAUCAUUUAAAAGGUCUUCUUGAGGCUGUCAUAUCAAAGUAUAAAUAUGAUCAAUCUUACGAUUUUGAGUGCGAGGGAGAGGAUGAGAUAAUGUUUCUUGAAUACAGAAAGCAAUUGAAAAACUUAUUUUAUAAUAUUACUCAGCUAAACAGAGAACUUGUAUUAAUGGUGGUUUAUCAUUAUUACGUAAACAUCAUGAGUCAAUGGAAUUCUAAGGCGUUUAUGGAUAUCGAAGUUUCGAUCAAAAUUUUAUACAUGCUCGGGGAGCUUAUACCGGGCGUUCACUUUACCGAUGAUUUAAAUAGUGCGUCACCGAUACAACAAAUGAUGGUGAUGUUAAUUACAUCCGGUAUUGAUCGCCAUGAACACGUAGCCGUACUUAUGCAGUACUUUGAAACCGUGGUUCGGUACGAUAAAUUCUUUGUUCUGCACAAGCAGUUUAUCGGGCCCGUAUUGAAUGCUUUUCUCGGAACUAAUGGUUUGCAAAGUACCAAUUUAACUCUACGCAGUCGUUCAUGCUAUUUAUUGUCACGAUUUAUCAAACAACUUAGAAAUAGCUUGGAUGAUUAUUCUGAGAAUCUUUUGAAGCAAAUUCGUCCUCAUUUAAGUUUUGAAUCGGUUAAUGGCCAGCAAAAAGUUUUAAUUGAUAGCGAUCAGCUACACCUGUACGAAGCUGCUGGUAUUAUUGUAAUAUCAGGUGGCUUAAAAGUAGAGGAACGGCAAUUUUUGAUGAAUUGCAUUCUCACGUCCUUAUCCAAUAGAUUUAAAGAUAUUUUGUCAAAGAUAUAUAAUGAGUCUGACGCAAAUCAACAAUUUUCGUAUGCUCAAGAGCUAAAUCUGAUUAUGUCCUGUGCAAGCCGUGUCAGCAAAGUAUUCUCCAGUAGUCAAACUAUGCAAGAUUGCGGUUGUUCUCAAUAUUUUAUUGAGGUGUUAUCCAUCUUUUUGCAGUCUUUGAGUGUGCCAUCAUUUAAGGAGCAAAUUCAAGCAGGAGUGCGCCAGUUUUUGCAUCGGAUGAUAAUUUGUUUAGGGGAGCAAGUAUUGCCUUUCAUUCCGACAGCUAUGAAUUAUUUAUUGAAAGAUCCAAAGCCAACCGAUGUUCAAGAAUUUAUGCCUUUAAUUAAUCAAGUAGUAUCUAAAUUUCAGCGCCAAGUUACUCCUUUCCUGAAAGAGUCUUUUAUGCCGAUUGUAAAUACAAUUUUUGCUGCUUUAAAUUCUACCACAGAUAUUGCGGAUACGCAGGCCACCAAAGAUAAGCAACUUUUACAUCGUAGCUACUUUACAUUUUUAUCUACGUUGGUCACUAACGAUGUAGCAUCGGCAAUUCUUGAUCAAGAAGUGCAUAAUGCACAAGAAGUGUUGUUAAGUUUAAUCCAUGGCUGCGUUGAUGCAGGAGAUCUAUCGUCACAGAAGAUUUGCUUCUUUGUUCUGCACAAACUGAUAAAUGCUCAUGAUGGAAAUAAGAGCAACCUGUUUGGAGAAUUUUUAUAUAAAAAUAUUAUUCCGGCUUGUUUCAUUGCUCCUCUUAAAGCCACUUUCGAUUUUGAUGACAGACAAAGUUUGCAGGUACUGUCUGAAAUAGUUACUUUACAAAAGAGCAUUUUAAACUUGGAGGGACAGCAAUUUAAAGAAUAUUUAAGAACGACGUACUUACCUCAACUUAAUCUUUCUGCAGAUUUAAUUCAGGCCUAUGUUCAAGGACUCGAGCAAAUGGAUAUGAAGUCAUUUAAUAAGUACUUAAAGGUAUAG